AAAUGGAGAACGAGAGCAGGAGGAAGAUGAAGGAACGAUUUGGCCUGAGGCGGGACAUCUUUAAGGAGUUCCUGGCGGAAUUUCUGGGGAUAUUUGUCCUGAUACUCUUUGGAUGUGGUUCAGUAGCCCAGACGGUGCUGAGUAAAGGGGCUCUCGGGGAGCCCCUAACCAUCCACGUUGGUUUCACUCUGGGAGUGAUGAUGGCUGUCUACAUGGCAGGGGGAGUGUCAGGAGCCCACGUGAACCCUGCAGUCUCUCUGGCCAUGGUGAUCCUGGGGAAGCUACCACUGAAGAAGUUUCCUGUGUAUGUGUUGGCACAAUUCCUGGGUGCUUUUGCUGGAUCCUGUGCUGUCUAUGGGCUGUAUUAUGAUGCUUUGAUGGAAUAUACUAAUGGAGAAUUUGCUGUUACCGGUGCCAAUGCCACAGCCAACAUAUUUGCAUCUUAUCCUGCAAAACACCUCUCAGUCCUAAAUGGGUUUGUUGAUCAGGUAAUUGCAACUGGCGCUCUGAUCCUGUGCAUCCUGGCCAUCACUGACAGGAAGAACAUCGGUGCUCCAAAAGGCAUGGAGCCUCUGUGCAUCGGCCUGAUCAUCAUGGCCAUCGGAGUUUCCAUGGGUCUGAACUGUGGUUAUCCAAUCAACCCAGCUCGAGACCUCGGCCCACGGUUCUUCACGGCUGUGGCCGGAUGGGGCAUGGACGUGUUCAGAGCUGGAGGCUGCUGGUGGUGGAUCCCUGUGGCGGGGCCCAUGGUGGGCGGAGCAGCUGGAGCGGGCAUUUACUUUCUCUUCAUUGAGCUGCACCACCCUGAGCCUGAAAAACAGGAGAACAACAUCCAGGACAAAUACGAAAUGAUAACUAUGACUUAAAACUUAGAGUCAGGGUUGCAGAGCAAAGCAACAAAAGCUGCUGAUUUUCACUCUCAGACAGCAAAAUUUUUUUAUACAUUUCUGUAACACAAUUACAGUUAAUGGUUUAAUACAAAGCAUGCAUCUGACUACACAAUGUCAUACUCAUUUAUAAAAUGUGCAUGAAUGAAGCCUUUUGUCUCUUUUUGUAGGGAAUCUGGUGUGUUUAUAAGUUUCAGGGGCUCUUUAAUGUAUCAAAAUAUUAAAUUUGAUUAUCAAAUAUAUUCUAAUUAGACAUCAGUUUUUUUUCUUUAAUUCCAUGAUAUAAUACCUUUGUAUGGAAAGUUUCCUCUGGAUCAUAACUAUGCAGUGUAACUUACAUUUUCCUAUUUCCUUACUGGGAUCACCUCCUCUCGUUAGAAAUACUUGCCAAGUUUCUGUACAGCAUUUUUAUUAUUUUUGAUACUGUCUACCAUACAAACAGGGAUGUCAAAUAUAAGUAGCACUUAGGAAACAGUUGGACUAAUGUGGAAAUGUAGUAAUUUAUUUUAUUUUUAGCCAGUGUGCUAGAGUAGUGUGUAUUUUGUGGAGUGAUUUCUUUGUUCUGUUUCAUUUCAUCCUUUGCAUGUGUGUAAAAAAAUGUAUGAUUGAUUAUCUUGCUGACAGCAUUGUAUAACACAUUUGUCUAGAAAAUCCAGCCUUAAAAGACUAUACUGGUGUCGCUUACUUUUUCAGUUAUUUCCAUAAUUCUGUGACACAGAAUAUUAUGUCAUAUUGCUGAAUCACACAUUUACUCGUUACAGAGACCUUUGAUAUUGAAAAGACAUAACUUAACAUAAGACAUUUAAGUGUCUGCUUUCUGCAAAAAAGAAAAAAAAAAAAUUUUUUACUUUGUUUCCAGCAGAAACUUUUGCAAAUGUCACUCAACUCUUUGAUGAGUCAUGUUUGAGGCGGUGCACAUACUGUAUCAGGGGCAAUAUGCAAUCACUGACUGUAACUGUUUACAUUAAAAACUCUUCAGAGCUGAGGUAAAAUGUGUGAUAUAACACAAAUAGAUGGAUGGUUCAGGUUUGGUUCUGAAUUUGACACAGAAAACUGGAAAACAUUACAACAGUACAAGUAUUACAAAAGGAACAACAUUACUUGGAAAUGUAAAAUGGAGUUGUAAAAAAAACAAAAAAACACUGGAUUUUCAUUUAUUUAUUGUGUUUUUUUAGAUGUUUGUAUCCUGUGAGCACAUACAUGUAAAUUUGCAAAGACAAUCCUAAUGUGAACCCAGCCUGGAACAAUGGACAACAUGCUGUAGGCAUGAUCCAUAUAGACCCACAGUAAGCUGAUGUUAAUGUGGAUAUCUGUUGUCAGUUGAACAGGCAUUUAUACAGGCACUAAUUGUGAGAUUACAUUGUAGUGCACUGAAAGGUCAUUUUUCAACCGCACAGUGUUUGUAUAAUGUACAAGACACUUGUUUGGCAACAUGACAAUCGCUUAGAUAAAGAGUUUUUUUUUUUUCCAUUUGUUUGCUUUACUUUUGUGAAACAGAGAAAAUGUGAGGACAGACGGUUUAACAGUGAUGUAGCGUGUCUUAUAUACUUCAAACCCUGUAUGUGGCCUACGUUUGAAUCAGAAUAAUUAUAGUAUGCAUGUCUGAAAAGCAGUUUAAGGUGUUUGUUUCACUGAGGCUCUUCAGUAAGUUGGUUUAUAUGUUGGUACUUUUCUCUCCUUAUUCCUACACUUUUAUUUCAGUGCUUCCAUCCUGAGUGGCAGCCUGUCAGGACGUACCACUUUUUUCGGUUGUUGUUGUUGGUGUUGUUGUUGUUUUUUAUUUUAAGUAGCUUUUUUCUAAGGUAGUUUCCUAACACAACUUUCUCAAGUACUAUCUGUCUGAAUCAAUGUUUUCUCUUUUAAAUCAUUCGAUCUAUUGCAAUAUUGAAUAAAGUUUGUUGAAAUUAUUUAUUUGUUCACACUUGUUAUGUAGAUUUUCUAAAAA